AUGGAGAUCAAAGACCAAAGGUUGCUUAAAUGGCCGGAGAGGAUGAAGGCCCCGUCAGCUAAGCGCAGCAAAAGCAGGUAUUGUCUUUUCCACAGGUAUCACGGCCAUGCAACUCAGGAUUGUUUUGAUCUCAAGGAAGAGGUGGAAGGACUAAUCCGAAGGGGCUACCUCAAGGAGUAUGUAGAGGAACCUAAAGCGACCCAGAACGGCGAAAGCGACAAGUCUCCCGCAAGAGAGAUUCGAACUAUAAUGGGGGGCCCCAUAGAAAGAGAAUCCGGGAGAAAAAGGAAAGCAGAUGUGCGUGAAGCUAGGACGGGUCGCGAGCAAAAUGAGAUAGCAAAUGUUAAAGUACAUCGAGUCUUGGUGGAUGGGGGCAGCUUGGCGGAUAUCCUCUCCUGGACAGCCUAUAAAGCUAUGGAUCUAGGAGAAAAGGUGCUCAAGAGUAGUCCGGCACCACUGGUAGGAUUUGGGGGAGAACGGGUCAUCCCCGAAGGGAGGAUAGAGUUKCCAGUAACAUUCGGAAGUGGGCCGAAGAGUGUCACYAAGAUGGUGGACUKUUUGGUCGUUAACUACACAUCCUCCUACAACGCAAUACUGGGAAGACCGACGAUGCAUAUGCUCAGAGCAAUACCAUCCACAUAUCACCAAUCCAUGAAGUUCCCAACACCGGGUGGGGUAGGAGAAAUUAAAGGAGAACAACGAGUGUCACGGGAAUGCUACUAUACCUCAAUGAGGGACAACGACAGAACUUCUACUAAGGGGGGCUGUUGA